AUGGAAGGGUACUCGAAAGCAAGUACUACCAAAGUACACUCAGAAUCAUCCAAAGCUUGGCUCAGCUCUACAACAAGAUGGGAUCCAUCAACGGCAACAUGGAAGGACACUCCAAAGCACGGAAGUACUACGACAAUGCACUUGAAAUAUUCCGAAAGUCGCUUCCACCAAAUCAUCCAUAUUUCGCGCAGUGGCACAAGAAUAUUGGCUCGAUCUAUGACUAGAUGGGAGAGUAUUCGAAAGCACUCGAACACCACGAAAAAGCACUCAGAAUCAUCCAAAUAUCUCUCCUACCCAAUCAUCCAGAUUUGACUCAAUCUUAAAUCAACACCGACUCCGUGCAUCAGAAGACGGGAGGGUACUGGAAAACACUCGAAUACCACGAAAAUGUACUGAAAACAUUAUAAUGAUUAAUUGUAGAGUAAACAUCUAAAAAUACGUGAAGGAUACUCCACUGGCCACAGCAGAGUAUCUUGACUAGGUAG